AUGACACCAAUCAAUGACACGCCUAAAAGGCGUACGAGAAGCGCGGGAGGCAGCGGGCCGUUGCGCAAGCGUGCUUCCACGGGAAGUUCGAGUGACAAGGUCGAGGGGCAAGUGGCAGCCGACGAUAGCAGCGUGGCGAAGCCGAGUAGUGCAGGGGGCCAGCUUGGGCCGACCAUUCCCAAGAAGUCUAAGAGCGGAGAGUUUGUUACUAAAGCUCUACUCGAGACUACUGGAGAAAUGUGGGAGGAGAGGGUCGACAAGCGAUGCCAGGAGCGCGCCAAGAGGCAUACGGAGAAUUGUUGUACCUCCAGAGGUAUUCUGUUGUGUCUCGAGAAAUUUGUCGUCAACAUCGUUAUGAGUAACCGAACAACUGCUAUCGUCACGGUCUAUAAGACGCAAGUGACACGCCGCGUGGCCGCCGCCACCAAACAUGGAGCGGCUGCGGCGGCGUAUUUAAGGGGACUGGAGAGAACUGAGCCCUCGAUGGAGGAGCUGUUGGCUGCAAGGCCGAUAUGGACGGCGCUCCUGAAAGCGCUCCAGGGUCUUGAGGGAGUGGGCGCCUUGGAGGCGGAGUGCUUGCGUAAGCUAAGCGCCCUCAAGGUGUCUGAGAGUGCUUUGAGCGCGGCUCAAAGGGCGAUGGAAGAGCAUAAGAGAACGCGGGAUUACAUGCGCGUUCUGCUCGCUACCAUUCGCGAGGUGAAUGAAUUUGAGGAGUACAUGGCAAAGCUAUGGGAAGCGUUCCCUGAGGAACCUAAAAUUGAAGAGAACGAGGUUAAGGAAGAGGAGCUUGCGGUCCAUGACUUGGUUGAUCAAGUGGCGAGCCAAGUCGAGGCGGAGCUCGAGCAGCGGAUUGCUCCAGAGUUUACGAGCACUGAGCUCGGACGAGGAGAGGAUGAGAUCCUCGAGAACAGCGAGGGACGUUACGGCUCUUGCCUGGACGCCGGUCACGCUGUUGAUGUCGGCCUCCCACGGCAGGGGGCUGCCGCGGAGAAGGUCGAGAGGCGGGAGGCGAGACCAGCUCUCAGAGGACUCGAAGAGGAGAUAGAGACGGCAUCGCCGGUGGAGCGAUCGCCCUUCGGGAGCGGAUCGGCUACCUCUCCGGCAAGAGACCGAGGAACGCGCGGCGUGGCCACGUUUCGUUUGCCCACUAUUGAGAUCCCCAGUUUCGACGGUGAGCGGGGAGACUUUGAUACCUUCUACGAGAUCUUUAUGUUUGCGGUGGGCAACAACGAGGAGCUGGACACCUCAACGAAACUGAUUUUGCUGUUGAGCAAGCUCAAAGGACGCGCGGCGAGAGUGAUAGAGGGGCUCCCGCGUACCGCUUCAUCUUAUGAGGAAGCAUGGAGGUUACUGAAAAGACGGUAUCAGGUGGAUCAGGAACGAGAGCAAGAGUGGAUCCAUGAGUUUGAGUGUCUCCGAUUGCCGCGAAACGCGAACCCAUUGGAGAUGCAAGACUUAUUGGAUCGUUGCGAAGGCGUAAUUCGUCGCCUCGCCCGGUUCAAUCUGGGCAGAGCGCCGAUGAUGGCAAGCCGGUUGCUGGAAAAGUUCCCAGGGAGCGUACAGGAAAAGAUUGAUAGACAGAUGGCGCGGUACCAUGUGUCUUUCGAUAUCUGGACCAUGAUAGAAGAGCUCCAGCAAACCCUUCGUACAGAGGUGCUUCUGUACCGAAGGCACCUAGACCGGCAGAGAUCGUCACAGAAAGGGGAGUUCCCGCGGGAGUACAUGUGGGAACCGGAGGACGCGCGGAUCCACACCGCCCUGGCUGAGGAGCAUCGACCGUACCAGAUGACGCGGUCAUCGAACUGGCGUGGGCUCGAAGGAAAAACGACGCACGGGAGGGGAAAUAGAGAGAUGGGAAAUGGCGUGAAAAGGAAUGGCGGGCAAGAGCAGAACGCUUUUCGGUGCCCCUUUGACGGGGGUGACCACCGAGCGUUGGAUUGUUGGCUCGAAUUGUCGCAGAAGAGGGCGGUAGCUCGUAGUGGAAGGUUGUGCUGGAACUGUCUAAGCCCCAACCACUUCGCCAGUCAAUGCCAUGCGGAGCCGUUUAAAGUGUCAGGGGUGGGAGGAACCUCACAGAUGUUAGACACUGCCGUUUAUGAAGUUCCAUUGGCGGCAGGAGAGUUCCUAUUGGAGGUAGAGGCUACGGCAAUUCCGCGCAUCUGUCAUGAAGUCGAUCGCCAAUUCCUCAGGAGGGCGGAGGAAGGCGAGGAAGGGACUAUAGAAUCUGAAAGGGUCGAGAUCGGACUAUUGAUUGGUAUGGACCAUUGGGUAAAGGUCAUGAAAGGAGCGAAGCUCUCAGGACUGUCGAAUGGACAGGUCCUGCUAGAAACCCCACUCGGAUCGUGUGUGUGUGGGAGACCGACCGUCGCCGAGCCGAUGUCAGUAAAUGUCGGAGUCUUGUCGGACGAUGAGAAAGUGGCCCAAAUGUGGAACUUAGACUAUCUGGGAAUCCAGAUGCCCGCCAGUGCGAAAGGGGCAUCAGAGAGCGAGCAAGUUGUGCGGGAAUACCUAGAGAAGGUAGAGGUGGGGGACGGAGAAGUUCACGUAGCCAUCCCAUUCAAUGGGAAGGAGAAGAGGUUGAGCUCGAACUACCCGGUGGCGCACCGACGGCUCGUGUCGCAAUUUCACUCCCUGAGAAAGAAGCCGAACGCGCUGGUGGAGUAUGACAAAACCAUCCAGACACAGUUGGCCAGUGGAAUUAUUGAGGCAUGCGAUGAGCUAGAUGGCGAGGGCGCGGCUCGUGGGCCAUGCUACUACAUCCCACACUCUCGAGUGUUGAAACCAGAUUCGAACACUACCAAGGUGAGGGUGGUGUUAGAUUGCUCGUCACACAUGCGGGGGAAACUGUCGUUGAACGAUUGCGUCCAUAAUGGACCCUCGGUGUUGCGGAGUCUGAUGGGCAUAUUACUGAGGGCGCGGGUGCCCAAGAUCCUCAUUGCCGCCGAUAUUGAGAAAGCGUUUCAUCAGAUCAGGAUCAAAGAGGCGGACAGGGACGCGGUUCGGUUUCUGUGGUGGAAGGAUUUGAAGGAAGGGCCGGUCCCUGGAAACGUGCAGACGUUUCGGUUCACGCGGUUACCAUUCGGAUUAGGGCCCUCGCCCUUUCUCCUGUCUGUGUCGAUCCUCAUGCACUUGAGACUCAAUCCACAUAAGUUGAAUAAAGAGGUGGAGGAGAACAUUUAUGUGGACAAUGUUCAACUUGGGGCCGAGUCUGACGAAGAAGCGGUCCAGAAGUGCCGGGAGGUCAAACAGAUCUUUGCUGGGAUGCGAAUGAACUUGAGGGAGUUCGAGACCAACAGUGCAGCGGUGAGCCAACAGAUACCAGAGGAAGAUCGUCAGCCGAAGGCUGUCGUCAGCCUGCUUGGCAUGGUGUGGGAUACGGAGAAGGACAGCCUGAGCAUCAAGUUUCCCGAAAGGCCGAAAGGGGCAAGGGCGCGGCCCACUAAGAGGAACAUCCUCGCCCAUCAGGCGUCGAUUUUUGACCCCUUAGGGAUGGUAGCCCCACUCGCUACGAAGCUCAAACAGUUCUUUCAGUAUCAGUGUGAGCGCUCGAUCGAGUAUGAUCGAUCUUGGUAG